CCGCCGAGGCCCGGGGGGACGGGCUGCUGGGGUUCCCAUUUACGCCGCCACGGAUUCGCUCCCGGCCGUGGUGGUUUCCUGUGCAGGAGCUGAGGAACCCGCUGGUGUUUUUUUUGGAGGCGUGGCUGGCCGACUCGAUCUUCGGUGCGCGACCCGGGGCGUAGUGGUAGCCCCCGAGUCGGGAGAGGCCGCCGAGCCGCGCUCCGCAGCCCUUUCCAGACGCGCGGGCCGCGUGUGAUGCGCGGUGCCCGGCUUCCUGCCCAGCCCGUCCCGUCCCCUUCGGGCCAGCUUCUCCUGCCCUUCGCCGUGCCCUGCUCAGUCUCUCCUUUCGCGUUCAGGCCCCGACCGAGACGUGGUUCCGGAAAUGGAGUGGAUGAGCCAGGCCCUGUUGACGGUGGACGCAGUUCACGCCGGGAAGUUCGUGGAAAUCACCGUCUUCGGGCGGCCAGCUGUCCAGCGCCGGGUGAAGAGCGUGCUCCUGAGCCUGGCGUCGAGUCAUCGGGAGCAGCGCGCCCGAGCUUCCAGAAAGCUGGGAAUGAACUAACUGAAUUCCAGGAAGGAAGCAGAGAAUUAGAAGCAGAAUUGCAGGAAAAAUUGGUACAGGCUGAAGAAAGAAAUAGACACUUGCAAGCUGAUAACCAGACUGAAAUACGAAGUGGAAGCAUUCAAGGUUCUCCACUGGGUUGGCCGCCCCUGGAGAGGUUGCAGGCCCAUCUCUGCGUUCCUUGCAGCUGUCCUGCUGCCCACAGUUCGUCCCUGAACUUGGAGCUGGUGUCCCAGACCACUUUGCAGCCGGAGCCCACCCCAAUCCCUCACAAGACCGAAGGCCAGAAGCGGGUCCCCCGAGUCCCAGAUGGUCCCCUGGGCAGGACACCGCUGGGCACACAAGACUGAGGGCCUGGUCCUGGAUCCCAUGAUGCUUCUGCCCCAGGAGUGUGGCCAUGCAUCCUCAACAUCUAGAAUAGCAUCGGCACCUAGGAGGCGCUCGGUAUAUAUUUGUUGAAGAACGUCCAUCAUAACUGGCAGCUUCCUCAGAAUCUGGUGUGUAGUAUCCAUCAUGAACAGGACUUCUGUGAGUGGAGAUGAAAUCUAACUAUUUGUACUAGG